CAGAAAUCCGCCAUUUUGUUGUUUGCCACCCGCCAUUUAGUGAUCGAGGAGGGAAAAAAAGACAACGACAAAGGUUUCAACGUGACCGGCGUCGAGAACAUCGAUUGUACCUCAAGUGUUGUCCCUGUGGUCGUUGAGCAUUUGACAAGAAUGUUGAAGGAGUUGGUAAGAGAGCGACUGAAGGCGGCCGCCGACGAAAUCUUCGCACUGUUUGAAGGAACGAUAGCGUCGUACGAAGAGCAACUUAGUCGCGCACGAGGGGAGAGCGAGCGACAACGACGACAAGUGGAAGCCGUUUGCAAGUCUCAAAUUAUCAUACACGUCGAAGACGUCCGGCUGCUGAUUGAUCGUAAGGUUGAACUUCCCUGUCAACAGUGGGGGAGCUCUAGUUUGGAAAAGGGCGAUUCACAGGUACUCUGUGUUAAAGAGGAAAAUGAGGAUCCACAGACCCCCCUUGUUGAAGAGGAAGCUGAGGAUCCACAGCCCGCCCUUGUUGAAGAGGAGGGUCCACAGCCCGUCCACAUUGAACAGGAAGAGGAGGAGCCACAGCCAUCCCACAUUAAGAAGGAAGAGGAGGCUGAUGUCAUCAAGUUUCCGCUAACUGGCGUCUCUGCGAAGGGUGAAGACAACAACGAAGAACAAGCCAAGGCGUCACAGCUUCAUCACAGCCCAAGUGGAGACCGCUGUUUAGGACCACCACCAGACAACCUCCUAGCUCCACUUAACAAGAAAACUCGCCCUAAAAGAUUUGCUCAGAACGGUCCUAUUAAGAGACGCAUGAAAACGCAAACUGAAGCUAAACCCCUUUGUUGCUCAGUUUCUGGCAUAUGUUUUAGUACUAGGUCAAGUAUGAUGAGACACAGGAGAUCACAUGCAGGAAAACCAUUUUGUUGUCCAACUUGUGGUAAAUGCUUCUCUCAAAAGGCAAAUCUGGAACCACACCUAAGAAUACACGCAGGGGAAAAACCCUACAGUUGCUCAUUUUGUGACAAAAAAUUCAUGCAAAGGUCACUUUGUGAAAGACACACGAGAAUCCACACAGGAGAAAAACCUUUCAGUUGCUCAACUUGUGGCAAAACAUUCACUACAAAGGGAAAUAUGAUCUUACACACGAGACUCCACAUACGAAAGCCUUUUAGUUGCUCAAUUUGUGGCAAAACAUGCACUACAAAAGCAGCUAUGAUGUUACACAUGAGCAAGCACACAGGAGAAAGACCCUAUAGAUGCUCGUUUUGUAGCAGAAAAUGUAUAAGCAAAUCAAAAUUAGAUCGACACAUAAGAAGCCACACAGGGGAAAAACCUUUCAGUUGCUCGGUUUGUAGCAAAACAUUCACUAUAAAAGAAAAUAUGCGCUCACACAUAAGGCGGCACACACAGGAAAAAACCUUGAGGUGUUCAACCUGCGGUGAAACCUUUACUCAAAGGUCAAAUCUGAAGGCACACAUGAGAACACAUCCAGGAGCAAAACCUUUUGGUUGCUCAAUCUGUAGCAAGCUGUUCACUCGUAAGGGAUCUGUUGUAAGACACAUGAGAACACAUAGAGACGCAAAAACCGUUUAAUUUUUCAGCUCUGCUUACGUGACCAGUUGGCUGCGGCCAUGCAGACCCACAGCACCGAGCGAUCUGUACCUACACUCACUGAUUUGAUUUAGUGUUAAAUAAAGAAAAGGCGAAGAAUUUUAAAGUGGA